CAGGCUUCUAGGAAUCCCGUCUAUCGUAUCACGCGGUAGGUCCUCGUCGUCACUGCUCGGAGCCGCGAACGACCGAGAAGCAAGGAAUAUCUAUAUAAAAUGCGGCUACCGCAAGCCGAUGGAGUGGCCAACGGACCAUUCGCAAUGUUGUGGGGUGUCCUGAUCUCUUUCUUUGCCUCUAUCGCAACCCGUUCGGUGGUGAAGGGCGGAAGCCCCACAGGACUUGCGCCAAAGGCAUUCUUGAACCUCCCGCUGGGUACGGUCAAGCCUGCGGGUUGGCUUCAUGACCAACUCGUCGUGCAAACCAAUGGUUUAGCUGGUCACGAACAUGACUUCUAUGACUAUGUUUCAGACAGUGACUGGAUCGGAGGGACAUCCUAUUAUUCUUAUCUAGAAGAAGCUGGAAGCUACUGGUUUAACGGCAUGGUUCCAAAUGGCGUUCUCCUUAAUGACUCGACGAUACAGUCGCAGGUCCAGCAAUUCCUGGACUACGUCCUUGACCACCAAGAUUCCACUGGCUGGCUAGGACCCGAAGUCAACACCACCAAGCCUCGCUACCUGUGGGGUCGAUACCCAUUCUUCUUUGGGGCCAUCCAAAUGGUCGAAGCUAAUCCCGCAUUGACGGAUCGUGUUGUGAGCGCCCUCCACAAGUUCGUCUCCCUCGCCAACACAAUGCUGCACAAUGGCGAGGGCCUCGAGGACUGGGCCCGCACACGCUGGGAGGACUUCGUCAUGACUCUGCAGUGGCUUUACGACUUUCAUCCUGAGGGAAAGGAAGAUCUCCUUAUCGACACAAUGAAACAGCUCAAGUACACGGGAGAUCCAUGGGAAGACGUCUUCAAGGAAGAGUACUUCCCAAAGAUCGCCGUCGAAAAUCUCACAAACCCUUUCCCGGAGCUGACUUGGCAUGGCGUCAACAUGGCGGAAGGUCUUAAGGCUCUCCCUUCUACGUACCGCUUCACGCAUAAUCAAUCGGACCUUGAUGUUGCAAGCAAGGGCUGGGACCUCCUGUUCCAGUACCACGGCCGGCCGUCUGGCAUCUACGCCGCUGACGAGUACCUGGCAGGGCUCGAAGCUGUCCGCGGAACUGAACUGUGCCUAGUGGUGGAAACCAUGUUCUCUGGUUCUUACUUGUACCAAGUCAUAGGAGAUCCGAAAUUUGCGGACAGGGUCGAGCGAAUCACGUACAACGCACUGCCCGCAGAACUUACCGGAGAUAUGUGGUCGCGUCAAUACCUGCAACAGCAAAACCAAAUCGCAGCUAAAAAUAUGACACCGAACCCUUUCCCUGAGGACGGGCCGUACUCCAACGUUUUCGGCCUCGAACCGAACUACCCGUGCUGCACGGUCAACCACCCCCAGGGAUGGCCGAAGUUCAUUAGCAACGCUUUCGUGGCAACUCCUGACCAAACGUCGCUAGUCCAUGUCUAUCUUGGACCGUACAGCGUGAACACUACUCUCGCUAAUGGGAACAAUGUUGCGGUCUCAGUGGACACGCUUUAUCCCUUCAGCGAUUCGCUCACUACGACGAUCACGGCUGCGAAGGCGUUCACUUACUACGUGCGGAUCCCAAGUUGGGUAUCCCAAGGUACCAUUUCGGUCAACGGUGGAACAGCCCGCCCCGUGUCCCCGUCCAACGGACUACAUGCGGUCUCCGUGAACGCGGGGACCACGAAGUUCACGCUGGACCUACCCUCCGACAUCACCAUCGAGGAGCGUCCGCACGGCUCUGUCGCCGUUCACCGGGGGCCGCUGCAUUACGCGUUCGACAUCUCCCGCAGCCAGAAGGUGCUCGCGCAGAACGCCCAGCAGCCCUUGGCGGUCGAUCUCGAGUUUGACACCACGGAGACGUGGCAGUAUGCGAUCGACCCCUCGACGCUCGUCUUCCACGGCAGCACGCCGUCCGGAGGUAAGCUCCCGUCCCCGGUCUUCGACUCGGGGCUUCCCCCCUUCACGAUCACGGCCACGGCGUGCCCGAUUGACUGGGAGGUUGCGGGUGAUACGUUUGCGGCUGCACCGCCGACGAACCCAACGUGCACCGGCGCUGUGAAGAACAUCACGCUCUGGCCUUUCGGGUCGACCAAGCUUCGCAUUAGCGAGUUCCCGACGUUCAAGGCAAACUGAAGAAACGAGCGCAAUGACAUUUUGAGAAAUAGCAUACUAGUAACAAGGAAGGAGUUGUCAGAAAUGUACGGAGUCC